AUGUUAAUUUUACCAGUCGUACGCACGGCCAGACCAGAGCGCCUCAGUCUCGAGGGCAACUGGCGUGUGAACGGCGUUGGACGCAACGUGUCGCAUUCGUUUGGAUACGGGCUCCUGGACGCGGCGGGCAUGGUGAGGCUGGCUCGCUCCUGGCGAACUGUCCCGCCGCAGAGGCGCUGCGAACUGGCGGCUCCGAGACCACAGCGCGCGGUCCCUCCUAGGUCUUCUGUCACUCUUCAGGUAUGUUCAAAUUAA